ACCUUUCACUCCGUCCAACUCGCUCCAGAUCGAUCGACCUCGCGAAGGAGCUGGAGGCUCUUUUCGUCUUCUCCUCCUCCAUCCCUCCUGCAGCCGGGUUUUACUCCGCACGGCCACGAACCAACCGCAAAGACGCGAACAAACUUUUUUGGGUGACCGCUUUUACGCACGGCUUCCGAAUUUUUUGCUUUGGACACGCGGCGGAGGAUAAUCCUCUCCACCACCAUGUCCACCGUUUUCACGGGGACAAAGAAACCCUUCCCCGAUUGGACCAUGCGUGUUUAUGUGGCUGCUGUGAUACUCGCUUAUGGAGUGUCCGCACUCAACAUCACGGAGGAGAAGGCGACAUGCCCCCUUGGAUAUUUCCCCUGUGGCAACCUGACCAUCUGCCUCCCCCAGCUCCUGCACUGCAAUGGCAUCGAUGACUGUGGAAACCAAGCGGACGAGGAGAACUGUGGAGACAAUAAUGGAUGGCCCCAUCUCUUCGACAAGUAUUUUGGAAUGCCAAGCCACAACGCCGGGACCAGGUCCAAUAUAUGCCUGCUGGGUGUCGUUCCGGAGCUCUGCCAGUGCCGAGAGCUGGAGCUGGACUGUGGCAGCGCGCAGCUCCGAGACGUCCCAGCGGUGGCGGUGAAUGUCACCAUGAUGUCUCUGCAGAGAAACCGGCUCCACAAACUGAGAGAAAACACAUUCUCCAACUACCAGAGCCUGCAGAAGCUAUACCUCCAGCACAAUAGGAUUCAAGAUGUGAGUCCUGAUGCGUUCCGAGGGCUGUUCAACCUGACGAGACUGUAUCUGAGCUACAACAAGAUCUCGGUCCUGAUGCCGGGCGUGUUCCGGGACCUGCAUAAGCUCGAGUGGUUGAUCCUAGAAAAUAACAAUGUCCGACAAAUAUCGCCCAUGACCUUUUCAGGACUGAACUCCUUGGUGUUGCUCGUUCUGUUGAACAACUCUUUGACAAAGCUGGACGACAUCUGUCGGGAAAUGCCAAGAUUGAACUGGCUGGACUUGGAGGGAAAUCUCAUAGAAACCAUUGGAAACGUCUCAUUCUGCUCGUGCCAUAUGUUGACAGUUCUGGUUUUACAGCGGAACAGGAUCAGCCAUGUACACGAACAAGCGCUGUCGGUCCUCCAAAAGCUUGGAGAAUUGGAUCUGUCGAACAACAGACUGGUGGCGAUCCCGCCCAAUCUCUUUGUCCUACUGGGGGAUUUGCUUCAACUGAAUAUAUCGUACAAUCCCAUUGUGGAGCUCCAGGUUGACCACUUUGACAACUUGCAUAAACUGAAGUCCUUGAGCAUAGAGGGGAUAGAAAUUGGAAAUAUACAACGGCGGAUGUUCGAACCUCUCAAAUACUUGACUCAUAUCUACUUCAAGAAGUUCCAGUACUGCGGCUACGCCCCCCAUGUGCGCAGCUGCAAGCCCAACACCGACGGCAUCUCCUCCUUCGAGGACCUGCUGGCCAACAUCGUGCUGCGGGUCUUCGUCUGGGUGGUGUCGGCCACCACCUGCUUCGGCAACAUCUUCGUCAUCUGCAUGCGCUCGUACAUCCGAUCGGAGAACAAGCUGCACGCCAUGUGCAUCAUCUCGCUCUGCUGUGCAGACGGGCUGAUGGGCAUCUACCUCUUCAUGAUCGGCGCGUACGACCUGAAGUUUCGCGGCGAGUACAACCGGCACGCUCAGGCCUGGAUGGACAGCAGUCAGUGUCAGGUCAUCGGCUCUCUGGCCAUGCUGUCCACCGAGGUGUCCGUCCUGCUACUCACCUAUCUCACUCUGGAGAAGUACAUCUGCAUCGUCUACCCGUUCCAGUACUUGACGCCCGGCUGGCGGCGAACUGUCACCAUUCUCCUCGGGAUCUGGGUGUUCGGCUUCAUCGUCGCCUUCCUGCCGCUGGCCUGCAAGGGGCUAUUCCGCAACUUCUACGGCACCAACGGCGUUUGCUUCCCGCUGCACUCGGAGCAGCCCGAGACGCUAUGGGCUCACGUUUACUCCAUCAUUAUUUUCCUGGGUCUGAACCUGGUGGCGUUCCUCAUCAUUGUCCUGGCCUAUGCGAGCAUGUUCUAUAACAUCCAGAGAACAGGCACGCAGGCCACAAAAUACAGCAACCACAUCAAGAAAGAGGUGACCAUCGCCAAGAGGUUCUUCUCCAUCGUGGUCACCGACUCCCUGUGCUGGAUCCCCAUUUUCAUCCUCAAGAUCCUGUCACUGCUGCAGGUGGAGAUUCCCGGUACCAUCAGCUCCUGGGUGGUCGUAUUCAUCCUCCCCAUCAACAGUGCUCUUAACCCCAUCCUUUACACGCUGACCACGCGGCCCUUCAAAGAGACCAUUCUGCAGGUGUGGGCCAACUACAGGCAGCGGAGGCCGCUGCUCAGCGGCCACCCGGCCCAUCAUCCGUCGCUCACCUGGCAGGAAACGUGGCCCCUGCAGGACAACAGCCACGGCCUCAGCCCCCCGGCCCGCGCUGUGGAAAUGACGAGCACGCUGGCCGGGCUCACCCCGGUGGAAAAUGCCAACGACGGAUACAACGACAUUAUCGCAUGCACGCAGCAGCAGCAGCAGCAGCAGCAGAAGCAGUGCACGGUCGUGUCGGUGUGCUCACAGAAACAAGCCAUGCUACACAUGCUCACUCGCACGCAAACAAAUGAACUCAUCUAGGUGUCUUUAGCACCGAUUAAGUAGGAGCCAGUUUCAUUCAUCUGUGAAAUUAAGAGUUUAAAAAUGGGUUUUUAAAGGGGCUCUCCCGAAAAUAAUUAGUAUUUUUGAAAAAAACAAAACAAUGUGCGCCUGUCUUGCCCAACCAUCAUCCAUCACAGAAGUCGAUCGAGAAAUCCUUUACACGUAAAGAUGCGUACCGAAGUCUUUUGUUAAAUUAAAGACUGCACUAUUGAGCGGGAUGAAUGGACCUGGGAGCUUUGAGCAUUGCACCAGUGAAGGUUGGAAAUACAUCGAGAGACGGAUCCACACACAUUAUUAUUUUUGACACUGAGGAAUAUCACCAGCCGAAUCCAUUAACGUAAUCCAAAAAUAAAUCCCAUGAUACCAAACUGGAUUUUCUUGCUGAAAGAUGGAUAAAGAUAACAUGGUCCCACAGCCGCAGGUUUCUCUGCGCACUGAUUCCCAAUUAAAUGCAUGAAGCUUAGCGUACCUUGUGAAUUUUUAAUCAAUUCAGUCAGUAGCCUAUGAGCAGAGGCUAUACCACCAUGGCUUAACAGACAUAGAAUAUAUGGCAAAUACAGCAACAAUGACUUUCUUUGCCUGUUUAAAAAAAUAUCUCAUAUCCCUGCGUUUUUUAAAAUCCAGUAACACAUUAAGACGGAGACUGGUUCACUCCACACACACCCCAAAAAAGCAACCUGGUACGUACAGUCCAAUGCAGCGAGGAAUGUGCCGACCUGCAUAUUGGAGAAACAACAAACGUCCAUUCCGCAAACGCGUGGAAACUCGACGCAGGCGGGCCAGCUCCUCGGGGGCAGGAUUCAGCUGUCUGUCUACACUUGAAGGACAAGGGACAGUCCUUUGUAGAGAAGGAUGUACAUAUUCUGGGACAGAUGGUUUGGAAGAGGAGUGAAGGAAGCCAUUGAAUGUCAAAAUAGAGAAACCAUCCCUUCGAGCCGAGGAGGAGGCCGUUGAAACAAACUGGAGCAUUAACAAACCUUGCCGAGUCCACAGAUGUUUAAUAACCGGGAUUCACCACAACCCUGGUUAGAACUGAAGGAGCCACUUGGGUGAGACGUGAAACAUCUUCAAGAAAUUACAGCAGAGUCCAAAUGCUCCUGAUUCAACACCCUUGUGGUUAAACUGUGCAUUUUGAAUGAAAAAAACUAACAUUUUGUCAUAGACUUGAAGAUUAAAUUCAAGUUUUCAGUUUUUUUGUACAAUCAGCCAGUGGGUAGUUCUACUGGAGAACUCUGGUGAAUGAGUCUCUUUUGGUACCUUUCCUUUUUCAAAAUGCAUUUCAUGCCGUAUGUUGCCAGUGUCAUUUCACAUUGCUAACAAUACUGUUCAUAUAAUCCGCUUGCAGGAAUUUUUUUCUUUUCUUUUAACUUGAUGUCCACCUAAGUUUUAGGAUUCCUGCUGUGUUCAAGUGAGGGAAAGAUAAAAUAUUUUUAUCCUGAGUUUUGUCUUAAGUCCAUUGUUUUGCCUUUGCCACCAAAAAAUAUAUUUAAGGGAAAUAUUGAAUGUAAUUUAUGAGAUAUAUGUCCAGUGAAGUAUAUAUUUCAUUUGGGCAUGACUUUGUACACGUUAUAAGUGGGUUGCACCUACACAGGCAGACAUUUUUAAUUGUCUUUUCUAAAUGUACAGUAGAAAUUCCCCAGCUGGUCUGGGGGGUCUGGUCAUGGACUCAACCUCACCUCACCAACAACUACACCUCACAACACAUGUUUUUACAUCUGUACAGUGGAGACAUUUGUACUGUGGUCAUUGACUCUUCUGUGUGUAUACUUUGUUAAGUGAAGGACGGAUUCCUGUGGAAAUUGACAUUUUAAAUGUACGAAUGCAUAGCAAACAUGCUAUCACACAGAGAGGAAUAGAUUAGAUGUUAUAACAAUGAUUUGUGAGUCCAUUGUACUGUAUGUGAAAAGCUUGUGUUUACAUUCCCAUACACACUGAAAAGAAAUAUAUUUCAUAUUGUUGGGAACAUUUGUUUUAGGCAUGUGAUAUCAUUUGUUGUAUUGACCUGUGUCCGAAAAUAAAAUUACUUAUGAAGUUA